GUCGGAUGAGGAAAGGGAGUGAUGGAAAAGAGAUACGGAGCAGAGAUGACAGCACUUUGACGCAGCGGGAGCAGGAGGUGCGUGUGAAACCUAAACGCCACGACAGCGACAGAAACCGGGCAAGAAUGAGUCAAACUUCAAUCGAGCUUCAGGUAAAGUCAUGUGUGCCAAUAACGCUGCUUGGUAAUAAGGUACGAACCAACUUCUGCAAGUCCGUCUGCCGUGUUCAAUGGGGAAAAAGUUGAUUUGGAAAAACACCUGACGACCACUACCAAUACGUCAUCAGCAGAAAACUUGUAAUCUAGAGCAAAAUUUUACUUUGACAAAAGUAAUAUUUUUUACAAAUUUGUGCUUUCAAAACUUAUUUUAAGAGCAAAAUAUAUUUUGAAAAUAUGACAUUUCUGAAAAAAUAAAAAAAAUAAAAAAGGAAAUGCUACAUAAUGCUAUAAAAGAAAGAUGAGAUUAAAUGGAAAGCAGUCAACAUUAGCUAUAGUGUCAAAUUUUUUUAAGAGGUUAAAUAAACUCACUUGGGUGCGGUCCAACACUUCCCUGAAGAGUCGUGAACAAAAACAAUAGGUCAGCAAUUUUUAGUAUGUUAUUUUCAACGUAUAUUACUUAAAAUUUGAGAAUUGUUGAAAUUCUGUCUAUAAUAUAAACAAAAUACACAAAUCGAAACUCGGAAAAACAGCAUGACAUUAUUGUGCUUCAGAAAGCGUAAAGUAAAACAAAUGGCCAUAUUGUGCUGUAAAAAUUACUGCAGAGACUGAAACAGCUCAACUUGGCAAAUAUCAGGUGCAACUUUACUUGUGUCCUGUUAACUGCAUGUUUCAUUUUUAUUAUUGCCACUUCUUGUGAAAAUGAACAAAAAUGUCUUACAAUUAAUCCGUCGCCAUUGCAGUAACCUGAUCCCACACACAAUGUCUUUAUGUUUUGGGAAAUCUAUAUUUUAGUUUGAGAAAAUAUAUAUAGUAGUGGGGAAAAAAAUUGUUAAAUUAUUAAAAAUACUGGUUGGAUUUUUCUCCAACUGGUACCUCAAGCAAUUUCUAUUAAAUAUAUAGUACUGAUUUCCUUAAGGUAUGCUUCAAACCUAUCAGUUUCUUAAUCUACAGGUAACCUAUGACUUCCUGUUUCUCUGAAGAGAAAAUAUGACAUUUCUUAUUUCUCUUUGCCACUCUUCACAAUGAAAAAGAGAAGAAAACAAAGCAGGUCUAGGUAAGAUGUGUGUUGAUCACAGGUCAUAAAAUGGUCACAGGAAAAUAGCUUCUCAAAACUGGCUCAAAUUUGAAAUGAGUUAUAAUUUGAAAGACUAAACCAAUUGGAACAUUUCUGGUCUACCAUCACAAAUGUAAACUUGUUGGGUUUAACUUGAAUUGUGUGCUUUGACCUACUUUGAAGCAUGGUGGAAGAUUUGUGAUGCUGUGGGGUAAAUUCUCGUCUUAUAACCCUUUAAGCCAUUUUAGAAUGAAUUGCAACUCCUUGACAUACCAGAACAUUUUAACUAAAAAUCUGGUGGAAGGACUAAAGCACUGUAGAAACGGCAGCAGACAAUUUGAACAUGUAGGAAGUUAUGAAAAUGCAUUACUGCAACAGGAAGAACCGUCCCUUUGCACGAGAUGUAUUUUCAAUUGGACAUAAUAAAAAAUGCUUUCACCUAAACCAGUCCUUUAGAGCUCUGGCUUUGAAAUGCAUCUCUACUCACACCUGACUGAAAUGACUGAUUUACCUCUCGGCAUGCCUUCAUGUUCUGCAGGAGCCCAGUAAUAAAUUGUUAAUUUUAUUCUUGCGUGUUAGAACUGGGAUAUUUUUAGACGGGAAAUCUCGAGACAUGGAAGUUGAGACACUAUUAACAGGUAUUUUUUCUGAAUUUUCUUGUUUAGCGCCGUGCGUCUCUCCAUUAACUCCAACCAGGUUCCCUGUUCCUGUUGAAACGUGUCCCUGCUACAUAAUGCUGCCUCUGCUAUGUAUUGCAGUGUGGAUAGAAACAAAGGAACCAAUCCUCCCCUUUCAGACUCAUAACUUCACUUCAACAUUAUGCUUUUUUACAUUGGUGUCAAGUGUUCUGUAAUUUCAUGGCUUCCCACACUUGAAAAUGAGGACUUGAAGAGACUUUCACCUAAUCUUUUUUGUUUUCACUAGUGAGUGUGACUCAAUGAAGAGGUGAUAAACCUACAAAACAUGUAUGUAUGUUAAAAAAAUUAAACAUACAUUUUAGACAUUUAGUUUAACGUCAAUAAUUUAUCUUAAUGACCAAUUUAAUUUUUAACCUUAGACAUACAUUUCUUUCACAAUUUUAACCAUGAAUUCAAGAAUUAUAUUAUUGAAUUCUGUGUUUUGGUGAAUCAAACAAAUCUAAACAUUUUAGAAUUACAUUUUUUUUUUCUUUUCCUCAGGACAAAGGUUUUUACAUUAAAUAUCUUAAAUAUACAUUUAAUAGAGCCAAACUAUAAAACCGAGCAGUGCAAACUGUUCCUUCCAAAAUUCUGCAUUUAUUUUUCUCAAAUGCAAAACCAAAGUCAAAUUACAUUUCAACCGAGUCCAGUGAACGGCUUACAGCUGAGGCGGAGGCUGUAGCCCUAGUCCUUAUUUAAUCUGAGUCAUUUUCCCAUGAAAUGCUGCUUUGGAGACUGUUUGCCUUCCUCAGCUCUGUUGCAAAACCAGCCAAAUGUUUGGUGGAUUGCUUAUAUUACCUGAGUUGAUGUUCUGCUGAUUGGACCAGAUUUUUUUCACCUGUUGAGAAGUCCUGCAGAGUGGCACACUGGUGUGUGUGUUCAUGCACCCACAUCUGAACCCAUGAGCAGAUCUGCGCAACAGUUGGUCUGUUGCAUAAAAUCCCAAUGAAAGUACAAAGAACCUCAGCAAUCGGACCGCUCAAAGUCUCGCCCAGAACCCGAGAGCCGGCUACAGCCUCCGCCUCAGCUGCAGCUGAUAGAACAACCUCAGCAUUUGCUCCAGCAACAGAACCCACUCCAGCCUGGGCAACAACAACUAUUAAACACUGAGCGUCAAGAAAAGUUGGUGUGGGUAACACCUCAGAGACUGUUUGGUCUUCUUCUGGUAUUUUUUAUAGGAAUUGCCAUUCUGGGGCUAGCCUACUACCUUCACCACGUUCUGCACACAGGGAGUGGGAACAAUGCAGCAAACGUAACCCCGUGUGUUUCUACCGCAUGUCAGUGGGCUGCUGCUCGUCUGUCCAUGUCCACUGACCCCUUCACCGAGCCCUGUGAUUACUUUGUGUCCAUGUGUGGUUCAAAAAGACUCCAGCUCAAAAGCAAAGGGAGACAAAGAAGUCACGGUAUACCGGGUCAUUCACAAAACCCAAUUGAAAGGUUAGCAGAAACGGACAAACAAAAUAAAACAGAACAUAGAAGACUGGGAGAAGAUACGACUCUGAGCCGAAAAACUCUCCUGCUGCAGUAUCUCAGAGGGAUUUUAGAGACCAACCAAAGUUCAAGCAGCUCAGCAGUUCAGAAGACUAAAGACUUCUACCAUUCCUGCUUAGACACCAGAUCUCUGGAAGCUGUGGGGGCAGAGCCAUUUCUCAGACUCAUCCAGAAGUUGGGAGGCUGGGCUGUGUCUGGACAGUGGAAUAGGACUGAUUUCAACUACACCCUGGGUGUGUUAAUGAGAGAAUAUGGGACGUUUCCAUUCUUCAACCUCUACGUAGGCAAAGACCCGAAUGAAGCUGCCAGCAACGGGACAAAGAGAUACAUUCAGAUUGAUCAGCCGGAUCUGUUGAUCCCAAUUGAGUGGAACAGCAAAAAGCAAACGUCAGGAGCUAAAACUGAGACUUUACGUCCCUUCCUGGCAUCAUGUCAGAGCUACCUGGCUUUCCUGGGAUCCCCGCCAUCCAUGAGGAUGCUCCACGUUGGCACGUUCAUCUCUCUGUCCUCAGAGCUCGCAGUCGCCGCUUCACCUCUGCAGUACCGCCUGUCAAAGGGACAGCUCUAUCAGCGAAUGACAAUAAGAGAUCUGCAGAGCCAGGCCCCUGCUAUCGACUGGUUGGGCUGUCUGCAGGCUGCUUUCCAUCCUCUGUCCCUCACAGAAGACGAUCAUGUCCUCCUACACAACUUACCUUACAUCAUCCAAAUGUCCCGCAUCAUCAACGAAUGGUUGCAUAAGCCUGAAAUGAGUAACAGCGGUACUCUUCACACCUUUAUGGUCCUGAAUCUGUUGCACACCCUGAUGCCCGCCAUGGAUUCCAGAUUUUCAGAAACGGCAAAGAAUUAUUCUCUGGCACUGGGGAACAUUGAAGAGGAAGUCCCUCGCUGGAAACACUGCCUACUGGAGACCGAAAGAGGAUUUGAUUCAGUUCUCACACAUCUUCUCAGUGAGACGGCUGCACGUCGAGAGACAGAAGAAAUUAUUGAAAACGUCUUUUUUGCCUUCAUUUCCAAAAUAACGGAUCUCAGGUGGAAAGAUCAAAAGUCUUUUCAGCGUUUCAUUGACAAGGUUUACUCCUCACCUCCAAGACUAUUGUCCUCAAAGGAGAUUUCUAAUGAAGAUGAUCUUGACCUAUUAUUCUCUGAGGUGACGGUCAGCUCCAGUGGCUUCUUUACCAACUACCUUCAGCUACUUUCCCUUUGGCAGAAGAGACACAGUAAACUUUUGGCUGCGGAGACUGAGGAUGCUGACAUUCUUUCUGUCGCGCCCUUUCUGGCGAGUAAUGGGCUUCUCUUCCCGAUGGGAAUGUUCAUCCCUCCUCUUUUCCACCCCACCUAUCCAAAGGCCAUGAAUUAUGGUGCAGUGGGUUUCCUUGUUGCUAAAGAUAUCUUUCAUCUGUUUCUGCCUGAGAUUUCUUCUCACAACCUGACUAUGCGUGCUGUGGGAGAAUGUGUGUGGACUCACUACCUCAAUGCUACUGAAAAAGCAGGACAAGUUCGGGCGACAAUUCUGUCUACGGCGCAGCAGGAGGAGGUGUGGUUACAAUACUCUGCACUGCAGGUGGCGCUGCAGGCCUAUCAUCAGAGUCUAAGCCAGAAUCCUGCAGACACCUCGGUUUCAGGGUUGCAUCACACGCAGCUGUUUUUCAGAUCUUUCUCUCUGGUCAGCUGUGACACUGACCCAGACGGUGAGUCCAUGCCUCUGGACGCCUCCUUCUUGAUCCCGGUCAUGUGUGCCGAGUCUGGUCUGUGUCCAACAAGCCCACAGUGCUCCAUUAAAGCUCACCAGGACAAAUCACAAGCAUGCUGACCACAGUCUGUAACCAUGAGCUGGACUUCAACCCCAGAAAUAUUUUGGGUUCAGGAAUAUUCAAAUCAUUAAAGCUUUUCUAAUAUACA